AUGGAGGAUUUCAAAGCCGCUGCCAAAGCCGCAAUGGACAAAGAGUUCCGUGUGUUUCAAUAUACCUACGCGGAAAUGCCGGUUAGUCGGAUGCUGCUGAAUCAAUACAAGAGUUUGUUGAUGCCUUUUUUCACACCCAUUGAAAAGAAGGAACGGAGCAACAUUGAAAAGGUUGUAAAGAAUGCUCUCAAGAAAGUCCAAUACCUGUCUUCAAAUUUGCACUAUGCGGAGCAGGACAUACGAUGGAGACACAUUGGGAAAUGGAACGAAGACGUUGUAGUCAUUGACUUUGGCGACAUGAAGGAGACCAAGAAGGAUGACGUUCAGAAACUAGCUAAGCAUCAUUGUGACAAGCUGCUCCAGCGUCUACCUCCAUCUGAUAAAGCGGAGCAUCCAUCUGAAGCGAAAGGAGAGAUUCGGUCGGAUGUCAAUCUGAGACAGUCGGAACCAACCGAGGAGAAAUAA